AUGACGAAAGCUUCUCUAUCCUCCGCGGCUUCGCUUGUUCGCGUGGCACGGGCUUCGGAUCGCGUGUACCGUGACGAGUGCAUUUUCUCCUUCGACUCCGCUCUCUCCCCCUCGGGUCUCUACACGAACCUGCGCUCCUUCCUCUCGUACGGAGCCUCGUAUCUUGUGUUCGAUCGCAGCGAAACUCCGGCCGUCUACCUGCACCAGCAGCACACACGCAAGCCUAAGGCUUCAUCCUCUUCAAGUACCGAAGAAAUCCCCACAAAGCUCGCUAUUGGUGGCGCUGGGGGCUUCGCAGCGUCCGUAAAAGACAAAUUCGAGCUUGAAAAGACUUUCUAUAUCGUUUCACUGGGCCCAGACCAGCAUGAACUCGCCCGGGAAGCUCUAGACUCCCCCAGUCUCCCGUCUAAGCUCAAAGAAGCAGCCGAGGCUGUGCUCAGUCACGCGGGGAACACGGUAACCGAAGAAGUAGCGUCCUGGCAGGAGGAACUCGAGCCUACCAAGUACGCCGAACACCUCAUUCAAGUCCCGAACCCACCGCACAUUGCGUCGAACCCUUCGGCGUGGAAAUGUCAAGCAGCAGACUGUGAUAAGCAGGAGAACUUGUGGCUCAACUUGUCAGAUGGCUACAUUGGUUGUGGUCGUCAGAACUGGGACGGAUCUGGAGGUUGUGGGGCAGCAUUGACCCAUUUCAGUGAGACUGGAGGAAUUUACCCAUUAUCCGUGAAAUUGGGCACAAUUACAGCUGAAGGGGGAGACGUGUACAGCUACGCACCGGACGAAGAUGAUAUGGUUAAGAACUCCUUGUUACCGAACCAUUUGGAGCACUUUGGCAUCAAUGUUAACAACUUGAAGAAGACGGACAAGUCGAUGAAUGAGCUGCAAGUGGGACUGAAUUUGUCGUACGAGUUUGACGCAGUUACCGAAGCUGGUAUGAAGCUGGUACCGGUUUCAGGUGCGGGAUAUAUGGGGUUCAAGAAUCUGGGCAAUAGCUGCUACAUGAACUCGGUGCUGCAGCUGCUUCUGGCACUCCCUGAGGUGCAGGAGCGGUAUUUUAAGGUGUCGAAGAAGAUUUUCUCGACUGCAGACACGCUGCCAGUGGACGAUUUCGCUGCUCAGUUCGCUAAACUCACGUGUGCGACGUUGACGGAUCGCUACAAGAAGCAGUUUGUGACGCCGAAGAACAGCAACAAGGAGAUCGAAGAGGAUGAGAUCCAUAAUGUCGAUCUCAGACCAAUCACGUUCCGUGGUCUUGUGGGGAAAGGCCAUCCCGAUUUCUCUACGGGACAGCAGCAAGAUGCAGUGGAGUAUCUCCAGCAUUUGCUGGAUUUUAUGACUCGAGCUGAGCGUGUCGGUGCGAGUCGCUUGGGGCCGCUUCUUCCUGGAGAUAGCGCGACGAGUGCGGAGCUGCCAACUGCAAGCUUGUUCAAGUUUAAACUGGAAGACCGGGUGCAGUGCAUGGCGUCGAAUAAGGUGAAGUAUGUGCCACGUGAUGACAUGCUUCUUCAAUUGCAAAUUCCCCUCGAGGCAGCAACCAAUGCCACCCAAGUGAACGCUUACCAGGUGCUUGAACAGAAGCGCCAGCGUCUUGGAGACGAGAAGAGAGAAAAGAGUGAGAAGGAAGGAGAAGAACGCGUCGUGCCUAAUGUCCCGUUUGAAGCGUGUGUUGAAAAGACGCUGGCACCGGAAGUUAUUGAAGACUUCUUGUCCCCUGCUACUGGCAAGAAGGGUCAAGCACAGAAGACGGUUCGCUUCCGCUCCUUUCCGCGCUACUUGCUCGUGCAAAUGAGACGCUUUUACGUAGCUGAAGACUGGACGCCUAAGAAGCUGGAAGUUGAAGUGAAGGUGCCAGAACAUUUUUCUCUCAGUCGGUUCAUCUCAAAGGGUCUCGUCGACGGCGAAGAGGAACUACCCGAGGCGUCUACUGCAAGUGGAACGACUGAGAGCAGUGCUAGUGCUUCAGUAGAUGCCGACGAAGUCCUCGUGGCCCAGUUGGUGUCCAUGGGGUUCUCGGAGAAUGGAUGUAAACGUGCUGCUAUCGCCACUGGCAACUCCAACGCUGAAGCUGCGAUGGAGUGGAUCUUUAGCCACAUGGAAGACCCGGAUUUUAACGACCCUCCUGCCUCGGCAGAUGCCGCUGUGAAGGAUGAAGAUGACGCCGUUAACAUGGAGCACGUGUCUAAUCUAAUGGCGAUGGGCUUCGGUGAGCCGCACGCCAAGUGUGCUCUCAAGCAGACCGACAACAACCCGGACCGCGCCGCUCAGUGGCUGUUCAGUCACAUGGACGAUCUGGACGGUGCUGUGGCUCAAUGUGAGAGCGAAUCAGCGGUGUCAAGUGGUGAUUCGGGAUCUUCUGUGAUGCGUUUGGAUAGCGAGAGUACUGGAGACUAUUCUCUUGUGGGCUUUGUUAGCCACGUGGGCAAGAACACCAACUCGGGACAUUACGUGUGUCACAUGAAGAAGGAUGGUCGCUGGAUUAUCUUUAAUGAUGACAAGGUGGCUGUGUCGGAGGAACCUCCUCUUGGCGCUGGAUAUUUGUACCUGUUCCGACGCGCAGAUGCUUAG